AGCCGUCCAAUCAGGGUGGGGCGGCUUCUCACGACUCACAAUGUGUUGUAGCUGUGAGAGAAAGGUGCAGCAGGGCGGGCGAAAGGACUGAAGGAGAAAAUGAGCAAACAGGUUACGAGGAAGGGCAGAAACACAGUGAGCUUGGAGGGAAGGGACCAGCUGGGCAGCAACACAUUAAAGGACUUUUGAGAGGUUCUCAAACAGUCCAAAUACAAGAGCUUUACAAAAAGAAAUCUGCACGUGGCGAGGGCCUUCAACGCAGCAGACACACCAGGAUGGAGAAUGACUCAUGGGAUGAAAGCCAGAGUGACAGCGGAGUAUCGGCGGACUUCUCCCCCGGCAGCACCAUGGAGGGAAACCCAGCAAGUAUCUCCUCAGAGACUCCCAUUGAGAGGGAGAUCCGGCUGUCGGUGGAGCGCGAAAACAACCUGAGAAAGUCCAGGGGGCUACCCAGUGCAACCAGCAACUCACAGUAUGUACAGAUCCCCUUGAGGAAAGCUGUUCUUACUCAGUCAAAUACUGGUAAGGUUGACAAGAAUCAAGACAAGGACAGGGAGUUUACAGGAAAAGUGAUGCGGCAGGAGAUCUACGAGGAAACGCAGCGGGAGCAGGAUCUGGUCAAGCUCGGCAAAAUUCCUGGCAUUUACGACAAAGGUACAGUCCGCCAAAUGAAAGAGAGGAAGCAGAUUUUUGAGGCCUUUCAGACCCCCAGUGAAUCCGUGGGUCCAGCCAGGAGUAAGACCCCGUCCUGGUCUGCUGCUGGCGAUGCUUCAAAUCUGGACAGCCAGGAGAAGACGGCAUCGCUAGCAUCCACAAUUAAAGGCUCAUAUCCGGAGCGGGAUCGUAGCUUCGAUGCUACCAGUCCCACACAGAGCUCUAACGCUGCUAAAGCUGGAGGUUCAACCAACUCUACGUCUCGAGGACCAGGCUUCUCUGAGGGGACGGGGUUCCAGGUCGUCAUCAUCGAGAACAACAUGGACGUUCCUGCGGACAAAUGGUACAGUGCCAAGCCAGUCGCUGUUACUGUUGUGGAUUCUGGAAUGCCUUACAUCUCACCGUCCAGUGUUAGAGAAGAAGAGGAGGAAGAAGAGGAGUUAACCCCUCAAGAUAAUCCCUUUUUCAAGCUGCGUUCCUCGACCAGCGUGGUAAAAGUUCAGCAGGACAUUCAGGAGACCCACGAGAGGGAAAAGGAGCUCCGCAAGCAGAGGAGAAGCCUGUAUGGAGACAGAGGGGGUGCCAAAGGAGGAGAGGGAGGAGGAGGGCGAUCAGACAGCACCGAUGGAAGGAGUCUCGCACUUUCUCCGUCACUGAAUGGACUGACUGCUCCUGAUUUAUCCGGGUCGUCGUCCAGGGAGGAAACAGGGCUCUCUGCAGCUCACCAGUCAGUCGGGAAGUGGUCCGUAAAGCCCCCGGCCCAGGCCGAAGGCAACAAGAUGAACCAGCCAGAGGUCCUGCCCACUCCGUGGAGCCCCAGACAGAAAACCCCUCUGGUGCAGCGCUGGGAGUCGGGCCUGCUCAAUGGACACGGCGAGGAAGACGACUGAGAACGGAGCGGAUGCUUAAAGAGACCUGUAGAUUUUUAAGUGGACAGCCGAUGAAUAUGAAACUGGGAGCGAUGAAAAUAAAGAGGGGCCAGAUCGGAGAAGGAGACGGAGAGAAUUUGAAGUGAGAAAGAGGUCAGGGAUUGAGGCUAGAAAGGGGGUCAGGAGGAUUGGGAGCGAGUAAAAUGAUUGGUGGUGGACUGAAAACCCUGAAUAAUGCUUCAACGGGGAGGAGAGAAAAAGGACGUGUGCCACCUAAUAGGAGAUAAGCGCUUCACCUGGUUCUGGAAAACUCUGAGACGAAUGAAUGUAAAGAAGCAAAUGUUAACAGUUAUUCUGUAUGGAUGGAAUUUUUUAAAAAGAAGAUCGAUUAAUGUAUUAUUGGACAUCUGCACUACAAAUGUAUUGUUUAUGUUUGUUUGAUCUUGUCUCUGCAUCUGCAAUCUGAUAAAAUAACUUCACAUAAAUCAUUUUCUUUGCGUAGCUCAGGCCUGAUGCUGAUUUUUCUCCUCUUAAUCAAGUAAAAACUGACAACAUAAUAUUUGUAGUGCAAAAUGACGAGCAAGCCAGACUGUGAGAAAGUUUACAUCAGUGACACGUCGCAUACCAGGAGAAGAGUUAUGUUGUUACUGUAACAUUCUGCCCACGUUUGACUAAAAAGAAAAGUUAUUUUUUGCUAAUUGACUUUGAGCCACAGACUCCGGGGCGUGUGUGAGGCUGCUUUGCGUGCCGGUGAGGUGGUGCAGCAUCAAGUUAAAUAGUUAUCUUGAAAACGGCUAAAGCAAACCAAACAAAGAAACCACCUGGUAUUGUUCAACGCUUUCUGAAAACAACAGUGAGAAUGCAGGAAGUGCUUAUUCAUGAUAUAAAGUCUUAAUCCUUUUAGUCCUCACCUGACAGGAUUUUACCCGAGCACUAACUGCUGUCUCUUUUAUGUCUAGAUGUCUCAAAAACCACCAGAAAGCAGAGAAAUUGAGCUUUUUGCUGAUAGAGUAGCCUUUACUCCCCCGCCCCAAUGAGUAGGAUUCAGCUGCGUGUCACAUCUAUAACAUUAAAAUCACUCAGUAAUAUUACUGAACUGUCAGAUAUUGGAAAAGUGAGCAAUGAGUGAGCAGAAGCACUCAUUCAUUUUACUUUUAUUUCUUUUAUUUUCAAAAUCAAAUCUAAUACAAUAAAACCAAAAUAAAUCCACUCAGUCAAGUAGUAAAAGAGUUAAAGGCCUUGUCCGCACACACUUGAAAAGACGCCAGUUUCAAUUCCCUGAAAAGCUCUUUGUAUUGUAGUGAGAGGUAAGAAUUCAAAGGACGCAGCCUCUGUCUUUUGAAGGUGUCGAUGGAGCUCUGCGGCCAUCAGUAAGACUGUAAUAUUAGUGUUGGGGUUGUUUUUAACUGCACGUGUAAAGACUUGUCAUCCCGGCGAAGCACCUGUGUAAAUCCAAA